CUGAGGACCAGAGAUGUGCUGGUUUUAUUGGAUAAUUUUCCGCUGGAGGGCACUCGCCUUGAGGCUUGCAGGCCGGUGUUAGAAGCGAAGAGCGAGCUAACAGUGUUCACUGCGAAGUUGCAGGUGCGAAAUUCGGCCCUGUGCAGGACCGUGUGUUGAACUAUAAAGUGUUCUGGGGUUGUCGUGACGGACCGAAGUGGUCAGCAGUUCCCUUUUCGCAUCGUUGACGCAACAAAAGCGCAAACCGGUUUGUCAUGUCCAACACGGUCAAGCAGGCGGCUGAAGCAGCACGAUCCAGGGGAUCAGAAGUGAUGGGUACGGCCAAGAGCGUCAAGAACGACAGCGUCGCCGUCGCCAAUGACUUCCUCCACACGCCCUUCAUGCGGGCCGCUCUGCCCUUCAUCAACGGCGGUAUCAGCGGCAUGGUGGCCACCACCGUCAUCCAACCCGUCGACAUGAUCAAAGUCCGCAUCCAGCUCGCUGGCGAGGGCAAGGCGGGCGGGCCGAAAGCGACCCCACUAUCCGUCACUCGCAAGAUUCUUGCCAGCGGCAAGGCCCUCGACCUGUACACCGGCCUCUCCGCAGGCCUGCUCCGGCAAGCAGUAUACACGACAGCCCGACUCGGAUUCUUCGACACCUUCAUGGCCCGCCUGACCGCCCGCGCCAAGGCCAAGGGGCAGAGCGUCGGGUUCGCGGAGCGCGCAACGGCGGGCCUCUCGGCGGGCGGUCUGGCAGCCAUGGUCGGCAACCCGGCCGACCUGGCACUGAUCCGGAUGCAGAGUGACGGGCUCAAGCCAGUGGCCGAGCGCAAGAACUACAAAUCCGUCAUUGACGCGCUGAGCUCCAUCGCCAAGUCCGAGGGCGUCGGAGCGCUGUGGGCCGGUGCGGCGCCGACGGUGGUGCGCGCCAUGGCGCUCAACUUUGGCCAGCUGGCCUUCUUCAGCGAGGCGAAAGCCCAGCUCAAGGCGCGGACCAGCUGGUCGUCCAACGCACAGACGUUGAGCGCCAGCGCCAUUGCCGGCUUCUUUGCGUCCUUCUUCUCGCUGCCGUUCGACUUUGUCAAGACGCGGCUGCAGAAGCAGUCCCGCGGCCCGGAUGGGAAGCUGCCCUACAGCGGCAUGGCCGAUUGCUUUGCCAAGGUGGCCAGGCAUGAGGGCUUGAUGAGGUUCUACCGCGGCUUCGGCACGUAUUAUGUGCGCAUCGCGCCACAUGCGAUGGUGACCCUGAUCGUGGCCGACUACCUUGGAUGGAUCACCAAGUAAUUUUUCGUUUUAUUGACUUGAGUCGAACAUCCGACUCGUCGUAUGAGAGUGCUUUCGGUUCUCCAUGUUACC